UCUCUCUCUCUCUUCCUUGUCAUUUAAUUUAUCUGCUCUCUUCCCCCUUCACUAUCUUCCAUUUCCACUCCCUUUUCCUUUCUUUCUCUUCACAAAUCCCUCGAGAAAGGAACAGAGAAAAAAAAAUAUAAGUAUAUAACACACUAUGUUGCUCGGAAAACGUACACGCCAGCCGAUCAAGAGAACGACGAGCAUGACGGGGAUCCCCGUCGUCGAUGCCUCCGACGUGGAGGAAGUCGUGGACCGACACCCAAUCGUAUCCGAUCCUCCCCCUCCCCACCUUGAAUUCCACGACGGUAACUCCCGUUCCGAUCAACGUUUCUCGGCCACGGUGUUUUCCAAAAACCCAUCUUCGCAAAGAUCGGCUUCUACUAACCACGUAGUCGACGGUAGUGCCACAGCCGCAUCUCCUUUUUUGCAAUCUUGUUGGCUUUGUGAUCGCCGCUUAGCUUCUGGUCGUGACAUAUAUAUGUAUAGGGGGGAUACAGCGUUUUGUAGUCUCGAGUGCAGAGAAAAGCAGAUGAACAAGGACGAAAUUGCAGCAGCUUCAAAGAGAGAAGACCGCCAUGCCCACGCCUCUCCGACCACCUCCAAGACCUCUAAAGCCGAGCCAAUGGUUGCUUCUUGAGCUUUAGAGGAAGAAAAAGAAGAAGAAAGAAAGCGUCUUGCGUCAUAUAUGGUAGUGGGUGCAGUUGCAUUAAUUAUAUAUAUAUAAAUAGAAGUGGAUGGUGAUGCAAAUGGCUAAAGUUCUGAGCUUGACAUCAU